AUGUGCGAAGAAAAUAGGGAUAAAUGUGAAGAGAAAGAUUGUGAAAAAGAUGAAGACGGGAAAGGAUAUGAAACCGUGAAGGUGGAGGAAAUAGUGAAAAACGUGAAAAGAAUAUUUUGGGGAAAUGAUGACCAUGGGCAUGGUGCAAAACGUGAAGACAAAGAUGGUGCAGGAAAUGAGCAUAAAUGUGAUAAGGGAGAUGAUGAAAAUAGUGAAGAGGAAGAUGGCCACAAACAUAGCGUAAAAGUAUGGUGGAGAAGGAGAUGCGAAAGUAGCCAUGAACAUAAUACAAAAUGUGAGGAUGAAUAUAGAGGAGGAAAUGGUGGGAAAAAAAUGAAGAGUAAGAUGACAAAAAUGAAAAAUGGAAAAGGGAAAGGAAAUAGCGAGAAAGAUGGAGAGAAAGAUGGCCAUAAAUAUGUGCAAAAUGUUAGAAGAAGAAUUUGGAAAGAAUAUGGUGAAAAACGUGAACGGAAAGAGCGGAAAUUGAUGACAAACGUGAAGACAAAGAUGGCGAAGGAGUUAGUGAAGGAGAAAAUGGUCAUAAACGUGAAGAAUAAGAUGGUGAAAAAAUUGGCGAGAAAGAUGUGGCAAAUAUAUGAAGAAAAAGAACGGUCAUAA